AUGGCAUCGCGCUCUGAAGGACCUCGUCCAGCGCGGGACUUGGGUCCAAGCCUUGAGAGUGCAGCAAAUGGUGGUGCGGAAUGCCGUCGGCAGUAUCGCGUGUGCGUGGCUCGUGAACGCGUGCUACUUCGCUGGAAAUGUCUUCUCGCUCAAACCUUCCCGGCUCCAAUCCCGAUACGAGCUCAUCAUCGCGAACGUUGUUUGGUGUGGAGUUCUGUACGCCGUGGCCAUUAUUCUGCUGACCCAGCGCUUCAUCGGCCAUCCCAAGCAGCGUCCGAGCGUUCUCAUCUGUGCCACAAAGCUGCUCCGAGGCUCUGGCCCUUGCAUCAUCCUCACGCUGCUGCUAAUGUUUGGAAUGGGCACUCUAGUGGCUCAGCUGUCUCAAAGGGAGGGCGCCUCCAGAUUCAAAGCCGAGUUUUACUGCAUUGUUUGUGCAACCAGAUCAUCAACACCAGCGUCAUAAUGACCACUCGACGAAUUUACUUCAUGGAGACGCGCGAGGGGAAGGAACGACUCGAUAGACGCCAGCAGAAGCGCAAGAUGCCAGUGAUCACCGUGGGGCUCAAUAUGAACGCCAGAGUCUAUCCAACAGCGCUCGACAUCGGCCCAAGUUACGUAUCACCAAGCUUUUGGUGCGGAUACGUGAAAAACUCCAGUUUGUGCUUGCCCGUGGUCCUUGCAGGAGCGUACGUGCAGCUCUUGAGCCAGAUGCGGAUAGCGGAGCAGAACUCCUCGAUCGUCGGGUGUUUCAUGGCUCUCAGUACAGUAGCCAAGCUCGCCUUGCAGGAAGGCGCCAAGCACGUGGUAAUCAAGAAGCGAAUCCGCAGCAUCCGCGUCAUGUGCAUCCUUGUAGCAGUGCCCACAGUGCUGAUCGAUACACAAGCGCGGAUCGUUCUGCUGGGCAUGAAGAACACUGGGAUGGCUGCGGCUGGGACGUUCGCCAUGGCCGUCCUCGAGAUUUGUGUCCGCGUCGUCAAAGCCUUCAUCGUCACGUACAGCAUCCGUCGUCGGCAAGAUUACCUGGAAGAGCCGCCAAAGCUGCCGUUCCAGACUAACAACAAACGUCCUGGGCGUGCGAGCCGCUCUCUCGCGUCCAUCAGACCUUCAAUGGGAGCUGAUGACAGACGAUUGUCUUCGGUCGCUUGCAAGCAGAUCGGCUUCGAGCUGUGGAGACAUCAGCGACAAGCGUACCACACAGCCGAGCUCAACGCCGACAUGUACGCUGAGUACAUCGCCAUCGGCUGCUCAGCCUCGAUCCUCUUCUUCUACAGCAACCACCCGUACUACUCGCUGCUGAGGCCGUUGAACGCGUCGAUGUCGGCGUCUGACGAGGCAGCAAGGAGAUCAAACCAGCUCAACAUGCUCCUGUUGCAGGUUGUGGUCGAGGUUGUCGUGGACUACACGUCCAUCGUGCUGGAGAUCACGGCAGGCAUCGAGUUCGACCGGAUCAAAGGGCUCGGCUCGUUCCUUGCCGCGCUGUUCGGGACGACUGCGAUCAUCAAUAUUAUCAUAUCUGCCAUGAUGUUCCUUGACUGA